UGUUGUGUUUUGAUUAGGGGCUCAUAGCGUGCUGUAAGAACGAAGAGCUAGCUAAUAUUGUUAGCUUUCGGCUAAUGCUAAAUGCCAACGGGGCGGCGACAAAAGCCAUCAAAUGACACCGAAGUAAUUUGGCUAACACGCGAAUCAAUGUGAAGUCAUUAAAUACAACUUGGGACGAUUUGAAGGACACAAUGACGGAAAAUACCAACCUAUUGUCGUUCAAAGUCCGAGAUUUUGCGCAACCUUCAUUUGCAAAUCCUCGCCACCGACAAGUUGCGUUGCUAUCGCGAGAAGUGACUCAUCGCGAGAAUUUCAAAAGCGAGAAGAACGUCAUGUGACACAACACGGAAGUUAUCACAUACAGAGGAAAAACAAACACCUAUCUGUUAUUUCAAGACUUAUAUUCCAUUCUUGUUACUAUUUUUUAUGGAAUCGAAUGUUCAGUGAUGUCAUCAACCCAAGAAAAGGACAGCAGCUUUCUGGGUGGUAGAAUACCGCCUGAGAUCGAGUUUAUGGCAAAGAACCUCAAGGAUGUGGAGCAAGAGAUGUUCAGAAAAUUACUGAAAGCGGUGGUGAAUGCCCUGGAGGGGAAGGACUGCAGAGACACGAUGAAGUCAAUAGCAGAGACGAGUGUCCUUCCACAGGACAAGCUGAGUCAUGUUGUAGCUGGGAUGUACAGAAUAUUGUCUGAGGCUAUUCGUAAACCACAGGCAUUGCUUAAGCAGGAGGCCUUUAAAGAGGAUCUUCGCGACCUAAGGAUACCAGAAGACUUUAUCAUGGAUUUCUGCAGUGUGGUAUUUGGAAAUCGGCGUGCAGCUCUGGAAGCAGCGACUUCUCAGAGGGACCCCCACCUGCCUACAGUAGAUGAGUUUAAAUGGAGAGUGGAUGUAGCCAUCUCUACAAGCUCUCUGGCCAGAGCACUGCAGCCUUCUGUGCUGAUGCAGAUGAAACUGUCCAAUGGAUGUUUUCACCAAUUUGAGGUGCCAGUGGCGAAAUUCCAGGAACUGCGCUACAACGUGGCUCUGAUCCUCAAAGAAAUGAACGAUUUGGAAAAGAGAAGCAUUCUGAGGAUCCAAGAUUGACAAACAUUCUGUUUUUGAUGGAAGCAGUGAGAUUGGUAAAACCAGAAAGCUAAAAAUGCAAAAGGAUUUACAUGAAAAAAAAUUGUCUGCCGACCGGUCCAGGGUGUACUUCGCCUCUCGCCCCAAAGUGAACUGUGAUAGGCUGGAGCUGGAGUUUACUUGUGAUCCUAAUGAGGACUAGCAAUAUAGAACAAAGAUGGAUGUUAUCAAUUGUGGUCUGUUUACUCUGUGAUAUUUUACCAUUUACCGGUAAUACAAGCAAUACUGGUCUAGAAAUAAAUAAAAAAAAGUCAGCUUUACUUCCCAAUUGUUUUCUUACUUUUUAAAGAAAAUAAAUAAGUAAUUAUUCAAAAUAAGUUUAGCUUUUUUUGUUCAUAAACUUCACAAAAGUAAGCCCUAUUACUCCUCUGGAGUGAAAGUGGCAGCUGUUCUUUUGUGUUAAACAAUACAUUUUGGGCCUGAUCUACUAAAUAAAUGCUCAACCGCAUGUGCAAACUAUUUAUAUACUGUAGAGUUGAAUAUAUAGUUUAUAUACAGGCGUGUUGUGUGUGAUCUGCUAACCCCGGAUUUCCACUGGAUGCGUAACGGCUGCUGAACGGCGCCGCCAUGGAACAUCUCUGCUAUCCACCUAUCCCCACCGCGUUCUGAUGAGCAUUGUUGUGGCUCCGCCGUGCAGCGAAGUAGCGCAGAAUUUUACGAUCGAUAUCUCACAAAUCUCUGCGUAUUUACCUGAUGAGAGAAGUUGUAGUAAAGCGAACCACAAACAGUUAAUUCUGUCCUUCCAGUGGAACAAAAGGAUAUAAACUCGGUCCUGUUCAAGGUAGCAAACGGUUGCUGAAUUUAACACCGCGGAACGUCUCAAGCUUUGCCGUCCAUCAAUACCCACAGUCUGUGACGGCACUGACUUAACUUGAUUUGUGGAAAAGACGAGGGUUUUACCUUGCAUAACAACAACUUAAUUUUUUGUUUGUUUGUAGCAAGUAACAUCAUCCCUGGCAAGUGUUAUACACACAACCACAUCUCAUUUAACUUCCGCCAAUGACUCCCCUGCUUCUCUUGCCCCCGUAUAAGCUGGUAUUUGACACGGCUCCCAAACAAACGAGCUGUCUGGCAAACUGAAGCUCUGCAUAUAUUCGGUGCAGGGAUGCGGUACGACAUCGGUAUGGCACCGCCAUGUGCAAGGGGUUUUGCGGCCAUGGGAAUCGAGACAUGAUUUAAAUGGAAACAAAAAGAGUUUGUCGCCAUGGCGGUGCAGUUCCGCAUCCAGUGGAAAUCCAGGGUAAGACUGCAUGUGCAGUUGAUCAUGAGUGCAAAAGUGGUGCAAACCACCCUAUUUAAAGGACGAUUUUGCGUGUACUACUACCGGCAUUAUGUGCCCAUUGAAACACUCAUUUCCCUCCGCAUUCUUUUUAUCCUGCCCUCCACAUUCUUUUUAUCCUGCUCUCCAAACUUUGGUGUUUUGCAAUGGUAUUGAACAAGCAACACCCAUCUAAAAUAUCUACCAACUUUUCUGCAAUAUACAAUCGCAGUCUUAACAACAAAAACUAUUUUUAGCACUCUGAGGGUGCGCUCUGGGCGGCACUGCAAUGUUGUGAUGGUUGUGAAUGAUACAGACAAGAAUAUGCCAGACAUAUUUCAUAU